CUCAUGCAGCCACUUUUCAGCCUGUAAAAUUUGACAAAUCAUCAGGGUACACCAUGCAGGGCAGGCAGAAUCCAAAUCGGGAGAUCAGCAUCCCCAGCUUCACGUCGAUAUGCGGUGCCCGCCGCUUAUGCGAGAAGUCGAAGAUGCUGUACACUCGACCCAAGCCGGAUGUCCUGCAGAGUAUCCUGCAAUCGAAAGCCAAUCCGGAGUACAAGUCGCGUCGCCUGUGGUACGAACUGAACAUGCCGGAGUGCGCCAGUACGCUGCUGGAUGGGAAAAUGUUAUCCGACCUGCCCGAUAGCAUCCUCUGCCCGAAGAAACAGAAAAAGCGACAGAAAAAACAGGAAAGCGCAGCGGCCAAGGCUAACUACAUGACCAUGCGCCUGGAGCGGGAGCACUUCCGGCGCAAGCUGGUGGAGCUGAUCUUGCACAUGGACGAUGACCAGGAUCCAGAGUUAGCAGCCCAGUGUGCUAUACCCUUUCCGGAUCAAGAAGAGCGUGAAGUCCUGCGGUAUUAUUACUAUAUCAAGCAUGGAAUCGACACCAUUCACGUCUCCCCGUUGAGCAAGAAGAUCCUCAAGAGGAUAACAGAUCUUGUUCCUUCGUUGCUAUACAAAUGGCAGACAGCUCUCAACGAGAACAUUGCCGAAGUUCGGGCGGAUUAUGUUUUUGCCAUGAAAAAGGCAGUGGUGGACUUCGUCCUCCGGCACACGGUCCUCGAUCGACUGACCAAGGAAGGAGUGGGUGGAAAAUUCGACACCGCCGAACGAAGGGAGGUGCAAUCUAUGACAAAUUUCUGGCGUUAUCGAUACGACGAGAAUCGCAAUGUCCUGAUGAAAACGCUAUUCUGCAUACAUCGAAGUGUGGCCAGCAUCUUGGAGUUGUGGAGCAUGAAAUAUAAGGAUAAGUCCUUUAUCGAUACCAAGGAACUGAGCAAAAUUGAGACACCGUUUUCACUAUUCUCGUUUGUGUACCUGUGCGGCUCCCACAUCGAUAAUGGAAAGAAUAUGCUUGAAGAAAGCUGGUAUGGCGAGAUCCACUCCUCUUUAUUAAAAGCCAGUAAACGAGGACAGUUGCCUGACAUUCGUCGAUUUACUCUAGUCAAGCGCUUCUUUAACUGCGUUGCUGCCUUGAUGACUCAGCAACUAGAGGACAUUUGCAUAAGGAGUCUGAAGGACUACGCUGACUUUAUUUGUGACUAUGGGCACGCAAAUCCUGGCUUCGAGAUCUCUGUGAUGCUGGCGGACGAAGAUACGAUCCAGUUCAAUCCUGGUUUUUCAAAGGUCCAAAGCGAGCUGCUCCGGGUCAUAGACUCGAUUCUAUUGAGUAUUCAGAUGCUGCCACGAAUCGAAAGCAAGCUCUACACCGAUCUGAUUGUGUCCAAGAAGAUCUUUCUCACACCCACAGUUCCCGAUAGCAUUGUACAGGAAACGAAGAACCGGAUAUGUGCCAUGUUGGAGGAGCAGCGUAUUGGUCCAGAAUUGCGAUUGCAGGACUUUGAUCCAUUUAUUGAUCUUAUUAAUGGAAGCGAUGCCGAGCGGGUCAGUAACUUCAUGGAGAGCGAUGCUACUUUCGAACAGUAUGCAGAAAUGGUGUACGAGUACAAGGAGAAGGAGGAUCGUAUCGCCAGAGAGGUUUGGGCCGUUAUCCGGAUGGGUUUCUACGAGUUCCACAGGGAUAAAUUCAUCACCCAUCUGGAGACCUUGUGUAGACAGCUCCAGUUGGAUCUGCUGGCUAGAAUGGUGACCGAUCAGCAGGCAAGAAUCACUCGAUUGGGAAAAGAAUACGAUGCUAUUGCCAAGAAGGCUCUUACUGUGCCCAAGGACACGGCUGAAUUAAUGCAAUUGAAAGCUUAUGUCGUCCAUGCAGAGGAGAAUCUUGUGCCAGAGAUGGAGGCUAGAUUAAAAGUUAACAUGGGUGAAAUUUUAUGGCUUAUGGAUCACACACUAUACUCCCCGCUGGAGAUUAAAAAUAAUAGCAACUCUUUUCAAUGGUACCUGAAGCUUCCCUCGAUCUUCGAGCAACAUCGUGCGAUUAUUGCUGAGAAGGUGAUCGAGUACCAGGAGCUGCUCAAGAAACGCAUUGAACUGUUCCGUCGGGAACUGCAAAAUUACUAUGAGCAGGUGCAAACGUAUGAUACCUGGGGCGACAUUAAACAGCUUUCUAGAUACAAGAAGCGAGCUGGCAUUUUGGAUCAGAGAUUAGUCCAGGCAAUGGAAACUAUUGAUCAAAUUAACGAAGAGGAAACUUCCUACGGCUGGGAUCUCUCGCAGUAUCCCAUGAGAAAGAAAGCCCAUGACCAACUGAAACCGUAUAAAACUCUCUUUGAUGCUGGGCAGGAUUUCAUGGACAAAUGGGAUCUGUGGAUGCACUCUCAAGUAGGAUCUUUCGAUCCCGAUGAAAUCGAUGGCGAUGUGUCCAACUUCUAUCGCAUAAUUCAAAAACUAGACAAGCAGAUGGGCGAACAUCCUAUUACUAUGCAGCUUAUUCAGGAUGUGAAGGCCCAAAUUGAGGCCUUCCGAGAGCACAUGCCUAUUAUCAAUACUUUGGGCAAUCCGGGCAUGAAGGCUCGUCAUUGGGAACUGGUGUCCGAGAUUAUUGGUUUCCCCAUCAAGGUGUCGCCAGAGCUGACAUUAGAAAAGAUAAUCGAGUACCAGCUAGACGAGUAUGUGCCCAAGUUCGAGGCUAUCUCGGAAAGUGCCACUAAGGAGAACAAUUUGGAGAGAGCAAUGGCCAAGAUGGUCAACGAGUGGGAAGGUGUCGAGUUUGCCAUAUCGCCCUACAGGGACUCCGGCACAUACAAACUGGCGGCUGUGGAUGACAUCCAAAUACUGCUGGACGAUCAAAUCAUCAAAACGCAGACGAUGAAGAGCUCACCCUACAUCAAACCAUUCGAGGCGGACAUUCUCAAGUGGGAGGCCAAGCUCAUGCUGUUGCAGGAGAUCCUGGACGAGUGGCUGCGAGUGCAGGCCACCUGGAUGUACCUGGAGCCCAUCUUCAGCAGUCCAGAUAUUCAGCAGCAGAUGCCAGAGGAGGGGCGACGGUUCAGUGCCGUGGAUAAGAUAUGGAAGGAACUAAUGAAGCAAGUGGCUCAAGAUCCUAAGGUCAUGACUGUGGUGCAAAUCGACAAGAUGAACGACAAGUUGAAGAAGGCCUACAGUUUGCUGGAGGUGAUCCAAAAGGGUCUAAAUGCCUAUCUGGAGAAGAAACGCCUCUACUUCCCUCGUUUCUUCUUCCUGUCCAACGACGAACUUCUGGAAAUCCUAUCAGAAACAAAGGAUCCAACCCGUGUCCAGGUACAUUUGAAGAAAUGUUUCGAGGGCAUUGCCACACUGAACUUUACGGAGGAGCUGGAUGUGACUGCGAUGCGAUCCUCAGAGCGUGAGGAAGUCACCUUGGUGGAUGUUAUCUCAACAUCAAAGGCGCGCGGUCAGGUGGAGAAGUGGCUCUUAGAGCUGGAGAUCGACAUGAAAAAGAGCGUGCACCACAAGGUUUCGGAAGCCUUCUACAGCUACUUAAAGAUGUUGAGGCACGUUUGGGUGCUGACUUGGCCGGGUCAGACCGUCCAGUCAAUUUCGCUCACAUAUUGGACUCUGGAGAUUACCGAGUGCUUCGAGAGCGAGGAACCCAAAGAAAAUCUAGCCAAAUAUCUGCAGAAGUGCAUCAUGCAGAUCAACAAGAUUGUGGAUUUGGUGCGUGGCGAUCUCAACACCCAAAACCGUAUUACUUUGGGUGCUUUGGUGGUGUUAGAUGUUCAUGCCCGUGAUGUCCUGGCGGAAAUCGUUGCAAAUCAAGUAGAGGAUUUGCAGGAUUUCCAGUGGCUAUGCCAGCUACGCUACUAUUGGGAGGAUAAUAAUCUCGAUACAAGGAUGAUAAACUGCUCCCUGCCUUAUGGCUAUGAGUAUUUGGGCAACACACCCCGACUGGUGGUUACUCCACUCACAGAUCGAUGUUAUCGUACCCUGUUUGCUGCCUUGAAUCUGCAUUUGGGAGGUGCUCCAGAAGGUCCUGCCGGCACUGGUAAAACUGAGACAACGAAAGAUUUGGCCAAGGCCGUAGCCAAGCAGUGCGUGGUGUUUAAUUGCUCGGAUGGUUUGGAUUACCUGGCUUUGGGUAAGUUCUUUAAGGGAUUGGCUUCGUGCGGCGCUUGGUCCUGUUUCGAUGAGUUUAACCGCAUUGAUCUGGAGGUACUUUCGGUGGUGGCGCAGCAGAUCUUAACCAUCCAGCGUGGCAUCAACUCUGGAAGUCCCACGCUAGUGUUCGAGGGCACCACUUUGACACUGGAUUCCACUUGCGCCGUAUUCAUCACAAUGAAUCCUGGUUAUGCUGGACGAUCCGAGUUGCCUGAUAACCUCAAGGCUCUCUUCCGAUCGGUGGCCAUGAUGGUGCCGGACUAUGCCCUGAUUUCUGAGAUUGAGUUAUACUCAUAUGGUUUCCUGACUGCCAAACCGCUGUCCAUUAAAAUUGUGGCCACCUAUCGUCUGUGCUCAGAGCAGUUGAGUACCCAAUGUCACUACGAUUAUGGCAUGAGAGCUGUAAAGUCUGUGCUGAAAGCGGCGGGUGCGUUAAAGCUACGGUAUCGGGAUGAGAACGAGGAUAUUCUGGUGUUGCGAUCUAUCAAGGAUGUCAAUUUGCCCAAGUUCCUCAACCAGGACAUUCCUCUUUUCCAGGGCAUCACUUCCGAUCUCUUUCCUGGAACAGUUUUGCCGGAAGCCGACUACGUACUCUUUAACAAAUGCACACAGAUGGCUUGUGAAAAACAAAAUAAGCAGUGCACUCCGUUUGUGCUGGAAAAAGUGCAACAGCUGUAUGAGAUGAUUGUGGUGCGACAUGGUCUCAUGUUGGUGGGUUAUCCUUUUGGAGGCAAGACCACCACCUAUCGCGUCUUAGCCGAGGCACUGGAGUGUAUGGAAAAAGCGGAUGGUUCCGAAAACAAAGCCAUUUACACAGUAAUCAAUCCAAAGGCCAUUACUAUGGGUCAACUUUAUGGUCAAUUUGAUGCAGUGUCCCACGAGUGGAGUGAUGGGAUUUUGGCAGUAAACUAUCGUAUCUUUGCUAUAUCUGAUAGUCCAGAUCGGAAAUGGUUAAUAUUUGAUGGACCAGUGGAUGCGAUUUGGAUUGAGAAUAUGAAUACCGUGCUAGAUGAUAACAAAAAGUUGUGCCUGAUGUCUGGCGAGAUUAUUCAGCUAUCUAAUACCACCAAUUUGGUUUUUGAACCCAUGGACUUGGAGGUGGCCUCACCAGCUACGGUCUCUCGAUGUGGCAUGAUCUAUCUGGAGCCCAGUUCCUUGGGUUGGGAACCUUUGGUAGCCUCCUGGAAGAAUACUCUUCCUCCGGCAUUCCACACGGUCAGCAAACAACUAAUAUCAAUGCUAAUCUCUCGGUUUUGUCCUAUACUCCUGUACAUUCUGCGCAAGAGUCUAAAGGAGAUUGCACCCACAUCGGAUGCUAAUCUUAUGGUCAGCUUAAUGAACUUUUUUGAGUGUUUCAUCGACGACUUCCGAGAUGAGAAGUAUGUGGCUAAUGUAUCAGACUUGGAUUUCCGGGCCCAAACAGAAGGAAUAUUUCUGUUCUCGUGCAUUUGGUCGAUUGGCGGAUCUCUUGAUGCGGAUAGCAGGGAGAAGUUUAAUAUAAUAUUUAGGGCACUAAUGGAAAAGACCUUCCCACAAAAUCUCUAUGACACAUAUGGAGUAACCGAGGAUCUUUAUGUGGAAACCUUGGCCAAACCAUUCAUAUUUCCCAUACCCAAACAGGGAUCAGUGUUUGAUUACAGAUACAUAAAGGAAGGCAAAGGCAAGUGGAAACCCUGGCAGGAUGAUGUUAACUCUGCUCCACCAAUCCCUCGGGAUAUUCCAGUCAACCAGAUUAUAAUCCAAACGAAUGAAAGUGUACGGAUUGCAGCUGUUUUGGAUUUGCUAAAUCGUCAUGGAAAGCCGAUAAUGUUGGUGGGACCAACGGGAACUGGCAAGAGUGUCUAUAUUAUCGAUUACAUGCUCAAGAAGAUGGAUUUAUCUAUAUAUAAGCCCCUAUUAAUCAGCUUUUCUGCUCAGACAUCGGCCAAUCAAACUCAAGAUAUCAUCAUGUCUAAGCUGGACAAGCGCCGCAAAGGCGUCUUUGGUCCACCUCUCAAUAGUCGCUUUGUAAUCUUCGUGGACGAUGUUUCGAUGCCUCUCAAGGAGAACUACGGGGCCCAGCCCCCGAUUGAGCUCCUUCGAAUGAUGCUCGAUCACAUGAUGUGGUACGAUCGCAAGAAUAUCAUUCCGAUGAAGCUAAUUGAUCUGCAGAUGAUCGUGGCCAUGGGUCCUCCUUCGACGGGGAAUACGGUGACACCUCGUUUCCAGCGAUUCUUCAACGUGAUAUCCAUAGAUGAUUUCAAUAAUGACAUAUUGAAUACCAUCUUUAGUAAGAUUGUGCUAUGGCAUCUGGAUACUAGGGGCUUUUCAAAGGAGUUUGAUCCUUGUAUUGACGAGAUCGUAGGCGCCACCAUGACCAUUUACAAUGACGCUAAACUGAAUCUGCUUCCCACCCCGGCGAAAUCGCAUUAUCUCUUUAAUCUGCGCGACUUUUCAAGGGUUAUACAGGGUGUCCUGCUGUCCGUUCCCGAAGCAACCGAAGAUGUGAACUCCAUGAGGCGACUGUGGGUACAUGAGGUGUUGCGGGUGUACGGGGAUCGUUUGGUGGAGGAUGCCGAUCGAACUUGGCUGUUUGAAAACAUAUGCAGCACAGUGAAGGCAUCCUUCAAUACGGAUCCCACGCGCCUAUUUGGUCGACUUGUGGAAAAGGACAAAACCCUGCAGGAGUCCGAUUUCCGUCAGUUGAUUUACUGUGACUUUACCAAUCCCAAGGCGGACACCAAGAACUAUGUCGAAGUGCAGGAUCUGGAGGAGUUGCGCCGGGUGGUGGAGGCUUAUCUGGUGGAGUACAACAACAUGUCGAAGAAGCCUAUGAAUCUGGUGCUUUUCCGCUUCGCCAUCGAGCAUUUGUCGCGCAUAUGUCGCAUCAUAAAGCAGCCGAGAAGUCAUGCUCUGCUCAUCGGGGUCGGUGGCUCCGGGCGCCAGAGCCUGACUCGAUUGGCUUCGCAUAUAUGCGACUAUGAGCUGUUCCAGGUGGAAAUCACGCGAUUGUAUGGGCCGUACGAAUAUCACGAGGACAUCAAGGCGAUCCUACGCAAAAUUGGGGCAUCUGAGAUGCACGGAGUAUUUCUCUUUACGGACGUUCAGAUUAAAGAUGAGUCUUUCUUGGAAGACAUUAGCAAUCUACUUAACUCCGGUGAGGUUCCCAAUCUCUUCAGCAAUGAGGAGAAGAUCGAGGUGCAGGAGAAGAUGGCCCAAAUCGACAAGCAGCGGGACAAGGCUGUACAAACGGAUGGCAGUCCCGUGGCCCUGUUUAACUUUUUUGUCACGACCUGUAAGGACCAACUGCAUAUCGUCUUGGCUAUGUCACCUAUCGGCGAUGCACUGCGGAAUCGGAUCCGUAAAUUCCCUUCGAUAGUCAACUGUUGCACCAUUGAUUGGUUCCAAUCUUGGCCGGAAGACGCCCUACUAGCCGUGUCGACACGUUUCCUAGCCAGCGAGGAUCUCACAGCUCUGGAGCGCCGCACAGCAAUUGAUAUGUGCAUGGACUUUCAUACUUCCACCCAAGAGCUUUCCGCCAAGUUCUUCUCAAGGUUGCAUCGGUACAACUAUGUAACACCAACCUCUUAUCUGGAGUUGAUUCAGACCUUUAAGGCGCUGCUCAGUCAGAAAAGAAACAACAUUACCAAUAAUCGCAAUCGUUAUUUAACUGGAAUAUCACAGCUGGACAUUGCUGCCCAGCAAGUGGCUGUGAUGCAGGAGCAACUGAUCGCACUUGAGCCUAAGUUAAAAGAAGCCUCAGAGAUCGUGGCAGAACAGGUGGCCAAAGUGACAGCCGAUAGCAAACUGGCCGAGGAGCAGCGAGAAAUUGUCAAGCUGGAUGAGAGUGCGGCUAAGGAACAGGCAGCUGUAGCCCAAGAGAUCAAGGACGAGUGCGAUGCUAAGCUAGGAGAAGCAUUGCCAAUUUUGGAAUCAGCUUUGGCCGCUUUGAACACACUAACCACGGCAGACAUAGCUGUGGUCAAGACCAUGAAGAGUCCACCCAUUGGUGUAAGGAUCGUCAUGGAAGCAGUGUGUAUCCUAAAAGACGUGAAACCUGAUAAGGUACCGAAUCCGAGUGGCUUGGGCACUAUAGAGGAUUAUUGGGGCCCCUCGAAGCGUGUGCUUAGCGACAUGAAGUUCCUGGACAGUCUGUUAAACUUCGACAAGGAUAAUAUUCCCGUGGAGGUGAUGAAAAAAUUAGCACAACGUAUUCUUAGCAAUGAGGCGUUUGAUCCGGAAAAGAUUAAGAGUGCUUCUACGGCUUGCGAAGGUCUGUGUCGUUGGGUUAUUGCGCUAAGUAAGUACGAUGUAGUGGCCAAGAUUGUGGCGCCCAAAAAGUUGGCUUUGGCCGAGGCCGAAGCCACAUACAACGCGGCCAUGAAGACGCUCAAUGAGAAGCUGGCCAUGUUGGCCAAGGUGGAGGCCAACUUGGCUGCCAUCCAGAAGAUUCUCGACGAGCAGUUGCGGCAGUAUGGUAUUUUGCUGGCGGAACAUGAGGCUUGUACCAAGAAGUUGCAGCGAGCCCAGGAACUCAUCUCUGGCUUGGGAGGCGAGAGAACUCGAUGGUCGGAGACAGCCAAAAUGCUGCAAGCCAGCUUUAAAAGCGUUACUGGUGACGUUCUGAUCUCAUCUGGUGUGGUCUCCUACUUGGGACCCUUUACCAUCGACUUUAGGGUGGAACAGAUUAAAAAGUGGGUUACUAAGUGCCUUAAUUUUGGUGUAACCUGCACUCCCGACUUUCAACUGGCCGUUGUCCUGGGCGAACCUGUGGAGAUUAGAUUCUGGAAUAUUUGUGGUCUGCCUACUGAUGCGUUCUCCAUCGAGAGUGCCAUUAUGAUGAAAAAUGCUCGACGAUGGCCCUUAAUGAUUGACCCACAAGGCCAGGCCAAUAAAUGGAUCAAAAACUAUGAGAAGAGCAACAAACUGUGCGUGAUUCGGCUUAAUCAAGCGGAUUAUACUCGAGUAAUGGAGAAUGCCAUACAAUUUGGUCUGCCCGUGCUUCUGGAAAACAUUGGCGAGGAAUUGGAUCCCGUCUUGGAGUCUGUGCUUACGAAGACACUGUUUAAACAGGGCGGUGCUCUAUGCAUUAAGUUGGGUGACUCUGUCAUUGAAUACAAUCAUAGUUUUAGAUUCUAUAUGACAACCAAACUGCGGAACCCUCAUUAUCUACCUGAGGUGGCAGUCAAGGUAACACUACUGAAUUUCAUGAUCACCACUCAGGGAUUGCAGGAUCAAUUGUUGGGCAUAACGGUGGCCAGGGAACGUCCGGAUUUGGAGGCUGAGAAGAACAAUCUUAUUGUCCAGGGAGCUGAGAACAAACGAAUGUUAAAAGAGACCGAAGAUCAGAUUCUAGAAGUUCUCUCAUCAGCUGAAAAUAUUCUGGAAGACGAGACAGCCGUACAGAUUCUGAGUUCAGCCAAAGCUUUGGCAAAUGAUAUUAGUGAGAAGCAGGUCAUCACUGAGGCCACGGAAAAGCAGAUAGAUAUAGCUCGUUUGAGCUAUGUGCCCAUAGCCGAGCACUCAACUAUAUUGUUCUUUACUAUAGUGGAACUGGCCAACAUUGAUCCCAUGUACCAGUACAGUCUGGCUUGGUUUGUCAAUUUGUAUAUGUCAUCCAUUGAUAAUACGGAGAAGGUGGACGACAUAGCGGCACGACUGUUGGAUCUACGGAAUCACUUUACCUACAGCCUUUAUGUCAAUAUCUGUCGCAGUCUCUUCGAGCGUGAUAAGCUGCUGUUUUCGCUCAUAUUGGCCAUCAACAUGAUGAAGCACGACAAUCGGAUUGACAAUGCCGAAUGGAUGUUUCUGCUGACUGGAGGCGUUGGUUUGGAGAAUCCGUUCAAGAAUCCAACCACCUGGCUGGGUGUCCAAAAUUGGGAUGAGCUCUGUCGCCUGACAAAUUUACCCAAUUUCAAGGGCUUACGCGAGGACUUCAAUGACAAUUCAGCUCAAUGGAAGCCCUUCUUUGAUUCAAAGUCGCCCCAGGAUAAUAAGGACAUACCGAAAACAUGGGACAAUCGUGUGACCGUAUUCCAGAAGCUUUGUCUUCUUCGCGUCUUUCGACCAGAUAAAUUGGUCCCGGCUGUGUUGAACUUUGUAAGCAGAGAGAUGGGUGAGAAAUUUGUAGAUCCUCCGCAAUUCGAUUUGAUGGCAUCAUUCGCUGAUUCCCACUGCUGUGUGCCUUUAAUAUUUAUCCUGACACCCGGUUCGGAUCCCACUGCAACACUUUUAAAGUUUGCCGAGGAUCAGGGCUUUGGAACUAAUCGAUUGUUCUCGCUGUCAUUGGGUCAAGGCCAAGGCCCCAUUGCCAUGAAGAUGAUCGACGAAGGCGUUAAGAUGGGUAAUUGGGUGGUUUUACAGAAUUGCCAUUUGGCAGCUAGUUUCAUGCCCUUGCUGGAGAAGAUUUGUGAGAAUCUCUUGCCGGACGCAACCCAUCCGGACUUUAGGCUAUGGCUCACCUCGUAUCCGGCAGACCAUUUCCCAGUUGUGGUCUUGCAGAAUGGCAUCAAGAUGACCAAUGAACCGCCCAAGGGCCUUCGCUCGAACAUACUCCGCUCUAUGAUUAGUGAUCCUAUCAGUGAUCCAGAGUGGUAUGAGUCUUGCACGCAGCCUAGGAUCUUCAAGCAGAUGAUCUACUCGCUGUGCUUCUUCCAUGCUGUAAUUCAGGAGAGAAGACACUUCGGACCGAUAGGAUGGAAUAUCCCCUAUGAGUUUAACGAAACCGAUCUCAGGAUAUCUUUGAUGCAGCUGAGGAUGUUCCUUAAUCAAUAUGAGACUGUUAACUAUGAUGCGUUGCGGUAUUUGACGGGCGAGUGCAAUUACGGAGGAAGGGUCACGGAUGACUGGGAUCGUCGCACUUUAAAAACUAUUCUAGAUAAGUAUUAUUGCCCGGCGGUUAUAGACUUGGAGAAACCAUACUAUCUGGAUGAAACGGGUGUGUAUUAUGUGCCCGUCUUCAAGGAGGUAGAUUUGUAUCUGAACUUCACGAGGGAACUGCCGCAGAUCUCGACACCAGCCAUCUUUGGAUUCCAUGCCAACGCCGAUAUCAUGAAGGAUCAAAAGGAAACGGACAUGUUAUUAUCGCACACUUUGCUCACUCAGGAACGUUGGGACCUCUAUGAUCGUCGUAAAUUGGAGAAAAAACAAAGGGUCUAUAUAGAAACGCUUAGUACACGCUUCCCCGAAAACCUUUCCCUACCCACUUAUCCUACCUGUCCUCCCUUUCUUUCCCUGCACCUUAUGCCACUUAAGGAUACCAGUGCCUCCUCGGACGAUAGUGGCGGUUCGAAGGCAUUAACGCCCGAGGAGGUCGUUACCAAUGUGGCCACCGAUAUAUUGGAUAAGUUGCCAAAGCUGUUCGAUCGAGAUGCAGCCUUGCUCAAGUAUCCCACUCUGUACCACCAGAGUAUGAACACGGUGCUGGUCCAGGAGAUGGUGCGGUUUAAUGUACUACUGAACACGAUCCGAACCAGUCUUAUCACGUUGCGAAAGGGUAUUAAGGGUUUGGUUGUAAUGUCUGCCGCAGUAGAGGCGGUUUAUAAGUCAGUCCUGAUAGCCAAAAUACCGGCAAUGUGGGCUGGAAAAUCAUACCCAAGUCUGAAGCCUCUCGGAAGUUAUGUGAAUGAUUUUCUGCGCCGCCUUGAAUUCCUGCAGCAUUGGUAUGAUCAUGGUGCCCCUUCAACCUUCUGGCUCUCUGGCUUUUUCUUCACUCAAGCCUUUUUAACGGGUGCCCAGCAGAACUAUGCCCGAAAGUAUGUCAUUUCCAUAGAUCUGCUAGCCUUCGACUAUGAGGUUCUGUCGAUAGAAGAAACCCAAAGACAGGGAUUAUCUCGUCCCGAGGAUGGGGUCUUUGUAUAUGGCAUUUUCCUGGAGGGUGCUCGUUGGGAUCGCACUGGAAAAUAUUUGGCCGAAUCCCGGCCAAGAGAACUGUUUGAUACAAUGCCUUUGAUUUGGUUAAAACCACUCAAGCGUGUCGAUCUUCCCGAGCGUCAUAAUUAUCUGUGUCCCAUGUACAAGACAGCCGAAAGACGAGGAGUAUUGUCCACCACUGGUCAUAGUACCAACUUUGUUGUGGCCAUGUUGUUACUCUGCAAUCCCAAUACCCCAGUCUCCCAUUGGAUUAUCAGAGGCACGGCUCUGCUGUGUCAACUGAGUUUCUAAAAAUUACUCUCAUUUAUUGGCUUAAACUAUAUUUUGUAAAGUUUACUUUUAAGUUAAAAUAAAAGUCUGAGGAAUAACAAA